AGGGACACAUACAUCUGACGUCAUCAACCAGCGACGCCAUCUUCGCGGGACAUUGUUAUUUUUAAGGCCAUGGCGUCGGUGGAUUUCAGAGACAACCUGCUGGGCAUCUCCUGGGUGGACAGCAGUCUGGUGCCUAAUCUAAACCCCUCAAGUGUGCUGGAGUAUUUCUCUGAGAGAAGUAACCCCUUUUACGACAGAACUUGCAACAACGAGAUGGUGAAGAUGCAGAGGCUCUCCCUGGAACACCUCAAUCAGAUGGUGGGAGUGGAGUACAUUCUUCUCCAUGCACAAGAGCCGAUUCUUUACAUUGUCCGCAAGCAACAGAGACAGUCCCCCACUCAAGUGAUUCCAUUGGCUGACUACUACAUCAUAAUAGGAGUGGUCUAUCAGGCACCAGAUCUUGGCACUGUCAUCAGCUCCAGAGCGCUCUCUGCUGUUCAUGGAAUCCAGUCUGCGUUUGACGAAGCCAUGUCGUACUGUCGCUACCACCCUUCCAAAGGAUACUGGUGGCACUUCAAGGACCAGGAGGAGAGAGAAAAAGCCAAGCCUAAGUCUAAAAAGAAAGAGGAGCCCGGGUCGCUGUUUCAAAGACACCGCGUGGACACACUCCUGUUGGACCUCAGGGCCAAGUUUCCACCGACUUUCUAUCAGCCAAAGCCAGGAGAGAAGCCCAUUCCAGUGGAAGUGAAGAAAGAGCCGGAACCACUCACAGAAACGGUCAAACAAGAAGAACGGGAGCAGGCCACAAAGUCGGCGGCCCCCGCACCUGCAAGCAAGCCCCCUCCUGAGAAACGAGCCAGGCUGCAAUGACGGCCUUAGGAGUUCUUCUACUCUGCCCACCGCCGUGUUUAUAGGCUGGUGAACUUUGUCAGAGCCUGGAUGACUUCAUAAUGUUUACAGGCUGGUGAACUGUGUCAGUGCCUGGAUGACAUCAUAAUGACCUGGUCCCAGAUGGAGUGUCAGUGAGCUAAUGAAGAUGUUCCUCCUAGAGAAGGUGACUCACCAUUUGUGUUGAAGGAUGACUUUCAUCCCUACUAGAUGCCAUGCUCCUCACCUCCUUGUAAAUAUAUCAGCUGUUGUCUGAUACUGGGCUUUAUUCUCUUGCAAAUGUCUUAUAAUCACAUGGAAA